AUGGAAGAAUGGUCCCUGGGUGGCCAGAAAACCCCCAUGGUCACUGCAGAGGACUCAAGGGUCUUUCUUCCUCCACCCUCCUACCCCAGGCAGAAGAUCUUUAAGGAGAGGGCCUUGCCAGACAUCGAGAACUACAUGUUUGAGACUCAUGAUCAACUGCGGCAGGCGGCCACCGAGUGCAUGUGCAACAUGGUGCUCCACAAGGAGGUACAGGAAAGGUCCUUGGCUGACGGGAAUGACUGGCUGAAGCUGGUGGUGCUGCUCUGUGGGGAGGAUGAUGAUAAGGUGCAGAAUGCGGCUGCAGGGGCUCUGGCCAUGCUGACAGCAGCACACAAGAAACUGUGCCUCAAGAUGACUCAAGUGGUAAGAGCUGGCCCUGGGGAUAGGAAGGGUUGGGUGGGCUCCAGGAAAUCUCCCCACCCACAGACCACACUGGAUGAUCCCCUGGGGAGGCCAGCUCCUAAAGAAACCCCUCGCAGCCCCCAGGCAUCUGUUCCUACUGCCUAA